AAGGAUAAAUAUAUUUAGUGGCUCUGAGUUUCAACAAAUAAGAAAGAAAAAAAAUCUGUGAGGACGAAAACUCUCCUCCGUGCCGGCAAGUUUCUUAGUUGAUCGGCGUGUGUUGCCGGAAUCUAUAACAACUUCACUAACCACUUUAACCAUUAUCAGGUUUGGAAAAGUGUGACUACGGUCUUGAUAAAAGAAAUGGUCCAAAGUCAGUCUCUAAGCACGUUAACAAUAUGUGGAAGUGUACAAGAUUACAGCUCAUGGAGGAACCGUGUUAAGUUUGUGAAAUCUCCAGGACUGAUUAGUGAUCGAUGUGUGUCGUGUCAGUUCUUUAGUAGAUCAUCUUCUCUAAGAGGCCAUUGGAAGUCAGUAAAGCAAAGAAACAUGGUGAGGGUUGAAGCUAGAUGGCCAUUUCAUGGAGGUGACCAAGGUCUAGACCCAAACUCUGAGCGUAGCGAGAGUGCCAAUGAAGAUAUUUUGAUCUUCUUCUUCCAGCUUGACUUGGCUACUCGUGUGCAGUGUGCUUUGAAUAUGGAACAGUACGACAUUGCGCAACAACUCAGAGAAAAGCUAACUGAGGUUGAAGAGGAGGCGAUAAGACUGCAGGAACUGAAAAGAGGAUCAUCAUCAAAAAGUGAAGCACAAGACAAGGGUAUUAGCAUUAUAAGGCUACGUGCAGAUCUGCAGAAGGCUAUUGACGGUGAGGAUUAUGGUUUGGCAGCUAAGUUGAGAGAUGAAAUCUCAAAGCUUGAAGCAGAGUCAUUAGCUGUCUCUGCCAAAGCCCUGGCUUUUGAGAAUGCAGAGUAUGCAUUUCGUUUGGGACAGAAACUGAAACACAAAGCUUUUGGUUACCGGGCUGUAGUUUGCGGGAUGGAUCCAGUUUGCUGUGAAUCAAGCUCCUGGAUGGAAGCUGCAGGAGUUGAAAAGUUGCCUCGUGGAUCUAACCAGCCAUUUUAUCAGGUUCUUGUGGAUGUUCGCACCCAUCCUGAUCUACUAGUGGCAUACGUUCCUGAAGACAAUCUAUUAGCUCCAGAGAAACCGGACAAAGAAAGGUUUGAUCAUCCAUACAUUUCUUUCCUCUUCUAUGGUGCGGAUACAGCUGGAGAUUUCAUUCCAAUCCAACAGCUGCGUGAGAAGUACAACAAACCUCGGCAUGAAGUUCCCUUUGAUUCAAAAGAUGAGGAUUAAGAUGAAAGUGGCCUUCACUAUCACAGAUUCAAGCUCAGACCACACAACAGAGCAAGAAUCUUAGCAUAGCUCAGAGCUGUUUAAUAACAACUUUUCUUGCUCUGUACACUAAAACAAUCGACUUAAUCCAAGAAUGCUUUUGUGUUUAUAUAUGAUUCUUUGUUUAUCCACAAAAGCCAUGAGACAA